CGGGCCGCGCGCCGCGCGCCGCGCCCACGACCUCUCCAAAAGUUGGUUUGCGAGUUGUUAAUCGUCCACGGACCAAUCCAACUCGGCAAUCACAGCCUAAGCCACUCGUUUAGUCGAGUCCACCAAACCAAGCACCACCUCCACCUCCACCUCUCAGAUCCCAAGCAGCAGCCUGCCAAUCCAAUCCAUCUCCAUCUCCAUCUCCAUCUCCACUCCGUCAUCCGCCUUGGCCGUUCGCUCUCGUCGCCAUGGAGGGUCUCAUCAAGGGGUUGGUCCAGGUGGCGAUAGACGCCGUGGAGGGCGCCGCGGGGGAGCGGGACCACGGAGACGACGAGGCGCCGAGGAGGAGGGCGCCCCACCGCGCCGCCCCUGACGCCGAGGAGGAGGAGGAGGAGGACCGCAACGAGCGGUCGCGAUCGACGUGGGCCGAGGUGGUCGGAAACCAGAAGGGCUGCGAGACGGACUACGAGCGCCGGGAUCAUCGGAAUUCGGGGCGGGAGAAGAGGCAGGAGAGGAGGGAGGAUGAGGCUUGGGAGAGCGUCGACGGCCGGAAGCAGCAGCAGCCGCAUCACUCGGCAGCCAGUGCGUGGCAGAACCAGUACGAGGGGGAGGACAGGAGGGAUGGUGGCGACCGGCGGCCACAACAGCAGCAGCAGGCACCGGCAUACAGGAGGCAGCAACAGGAAGGAGAGAGAAUAAAUGAUGGAGGUUGGCAGACUGUCGGUGAGAAAAAGCACCAUGGAAGACCACAGCAGUCUGAAGCAUGGAAUGGAUACAGAAGACCACCAUCAGAACAAAUGUACUCUGAGGAUGCCAGUCAGAUUCACCAUGGACUAAAUGUAGAGCCUACCAGGGAGGAGCUCAAUAGCUUAUCGAAAGCAUGUAGCAGGUUGUGGGACCUCGAUAUGAAUCGUCUCGUUCCUGGUAAGGACUACAUGAUCGAAUGUAGCGAGGGGAAGAAAGUUUAUCAGAAGGGUGAUAUGGCAUCUGAAAGCUUGUUCAGCUGGCUAGGCGAUGAUGUGCUAAGAAAGCCCACCUACUCUCGUUUUUGCGCGCUUCUUGACAACUACAACCCACAUCAAGGGUCCAAAGAAGUUGUUACCGAGCAGGACAACCACGAAGAAGUUGCAUUUAUUGAAGAGAUUGCCAGGACUGCAUCGAUCAAGUACUUGCACCAGUAUUUAGUGCAGAAGGGGGUUGCAUCUCAGGACUAUGAGAACUUCAAGAGAACGCUGACAUCGCUAUGGUUUGAUUUGUGUGGAAGAGGUGGCAACUCCAGCUGCUCUUCUGCAUUUGAGCAUGUGUUUGUUGGUGAGAUAAAGGGACGGGAACAAGGAGAGAAUGAGGUAUCAGGCUUCCAUAACUGGAUCCAGUUUUACCUGGAAGAAGCCAAGGGAAAUGUGGACUACCGAGGUUACAUAUUCCCAAGACGUCGUGGUGAAUGGCCUGAUUCGGAGACACAGCUGCUGACUGUUCAGUUUGAGUGGCACGGUGUGCUGAAAUCAGUGUCCAGCACUUUGAUUGGUGUCAGUCCUGAGUUCGAAGUUGCACUCUAUACAUUGUGCUUCUUUGUUGGAGGGGAAGAUAAUCGCGUUGAUAUCGGCCCUUACACUGUGAACAUCAAGUGCUACCGGAUGGGGCACAACAAGAUUGGGUCAGCCUUUCCCAUUGCAGAGAACUGAUGUUUGGUUGCCUGAUGUUUGUUGUUCUCCAUUUUUUAGUUUUCCUGAUCGCUUUUUGUGAAGUUAAUUGUUGUACUGUUCAAGUUAGUUGUUUACUUGUGCAUGAAAAGGAACCAUACUGUUCAUUUUGUUGUUACUAGCUACAACUGCAUUGCUACAUAUACUACUGAAGAGGCUGUUGCCUGAGACUAAAAUCACCUUUCGUGGUGUUUUCCUUUUA